AUGGCCGCCUCAGCUCUGCUUGUUGUUCUGAUCACCAUCCUCUUACCCCCCGUGGGUGUAUGGGCUAUCGCAGGAUGCGGCGCUGAUCUCUUCAUCAACAUCUGCUUGACACUGCUUGGCUACAUCCCGGGCCACAUCCACGCAUUCUACCUUGAAUAUGUCUACUAUGACCGCCGAGAGCAGGCUAGAGAAGGCCGCUUCGCCGCUCGAAGAGCUGCUGGAGUGUACAGUGAUCGCGUACAAACCGGCGGACAUGGAUACGGCACCAUGGUCCCUCCCACCUCCUAG